ACAAAGAGGUUAGUCUUUGGAAAUAACCUCAACAAUUUUGUUAUUUCAUAAGCAAGUUCGAUAUAAAUCGGGUGCAAAAAUGCCAACAAUUGGGAUAAAAAAAGAAUUACUUUUCAAAUCACUUGGUCAAAAAUAUACUGAUGAGGAAUUUGGAAAACUUUGUUUUCAGUUCGGAUUAGAACUAGAUGAAAUAACAAGUGAGAAACGUAUGGCGUGUAAGGAACUUGGCCAAGUUGAUGUUUCGGUUGGGGACUCCGAGGAGAUUAUUUAUAAAAUAGAUAUUCCUGCUAAUCGGUAUGAUUUACUUUGUUUGGAAGGCUUGGUCUUGGGUAUUAAAACAUUUCUUGGACAAAUAUCACCUCCUGUUUUCAAAUCAUUAAAACCUAGAGGAAAAGGCUUAAUCCAGAUGAAAGUUCUACCCAAUACAGCAAAAAUACGACCCUUUGUUGUUGCUGCCGUGUUACGGGAUUUGUACUUCACUAAAGAUAGUUAUGAUAGCUUCAUUGAUUUGCAAGAUAAACUCCACCAGAAUAUAUGUAGAAAACGUUCUUUGGUAUCUAUAGGAACACAUGAUUUGGACACUUUGGAACCUCCUUUUAUAUAUGAUGCUAAACAUCCUAAAGAUAUCAAAUUUGUUCCAUUGAACCAUGACAAGGAAUUGGAUGCUGAAAGUAUAAUGCAAUUAUAUUCAUCACAUGUUCAACUGAAACAAUAUUUGCAUAUUAUCAGGAAUAGUCCAGUCUAUCCUGUUAUAACUGACAACAAGGGAGUUGUUUUAAGUCUACCACCAAUAAUUAAUGGAAAUCACUCAAAAAUAACAUUGCAAACAAAAAAUGUUUUUAUAGAGGUGACAGCAACUGAUUUAACUAAAGCAAAUAUUGUUCUAGACACACUUGUUUGUAUGUUCAGUCAAUACUGUAAAAAUAAGUGUACUUCAGAGUAUUGUGAAGUCGUUUAUCCUGAUGGGGCAUGCCAUUUAUACCCACAACUUGUUUAUAGAAAAGAAGUUAUUUCAGUAGACAAGGUUAACAAUAUAAUUGGUAUUAAUGAAACAGAAAAAUGCAUUGAAACACUCUUGUCCAAAAUGUCUCUAACUGCUACAUUAAAAAGUGAAUCUGAAUUAGAAGUUCAAAUUCCACCUACAAGACAUGAUGUUAUUCAUCCAUGUGAUAUUUAUGAAGAUGUUGCUAUUGCUUAUGGAUAUAAUAAUAUUCAUAGGGCUCUGCCUAACACAAACACCAUAGGAAAUCCAUUGCCAAUAAAUAAACUAUCUGAUUUACUUAGAAAUGUGAUUGCUCAGGCUGGAUUCACUGAAGCAUUAACAUUCUCUUUAUGUUCUGAAGAGGAUGUAUCGACUAAGUUAGGACAUACUAAAGUACAAGCAGUUCAUAUUUCUAAUCCUAAAACACUAGAAUUUCAAGUAUGCAGAACUACUCUAUUACCAGGUAUUCUGAAAACUAUUGCAGCAAACAAAAAGAUGCCAUUACCACUGAAAAUUUUUGAAGUUUCUGAUGUCAUCUUGAGGGACGAAACAUCUGAAGUGGGAGCAAGAAAUGAAAGGAGGUUAUGUGCUGUUAAUUGUAACAGGAAUGCAGGAUUUGAGGUUGUGCAUGGGUUACUUGAUCGUGUUAUGCUGGCUUUAGAUGUGCCUAAAGGAUCCAAUAAUUCUUCAAAAGGGUACAACUUACGAAAAUCCAGUGAUCCAACAUUUUUUCCUGGACGAUCAGCAGAGAUAUGUUGGAAUUCAAAAACUAUUGGGAAAAUCGGGGUUCUCCAUCCAGAUGUUUUGCUGAAGUUUGACUUGGUGAAUCCUUGCUCGGCAAUUGAAAUAGAAAUAGAAUCUUUUUUGUAAGCUAUUUAUAAUAAAGGAUCAAAGAUA